UCAUCAUCCCCUUCGAAAAUCCCCUCGAUCCGGAGCCCCGGGAGACGUUCUAAAGAUAGAAAACAGGAACCGUGUCGCGUGUGCCGCUCACCAAUAGUGUUUCGACAUCGUAAUAUUCGCAGGUCUUCUCAGGUUCGAGAGACUGUGAUUCGAAUGAGAUCUCGCCGCUUUCGUAUCGAGAGGAGUCCGCGUACGCGUACUCACGAGGGACGAGAGAAAUUUCGUCUGGCGCGUUACGAUACUCGCCUCUUUCUUCGGUGGACCGAGAUGAGGAAGAGGAAACAGGGUGCAGUACCACCGACCAACAAACAGGAAGAGGACUUUGACGGGUUAUAAAUCGCGUUCGAAUCGAUUCGUGGUUGACGAUUCGUGGUUGACAAUUCGUAGUACGCGAAACAUCGUAUCAGGGGAUCAGGGAAACCGCGUAUCGCACAUCAGAAAUUUUCGACACAUUUACUCGUUGAAGGUGAAAAGACGUUCUUGAAAAGAAUCUUCGAAUGAAUCGAGGAAAUCGAUCCAAAUUCAUCGUUAUAUAUAAACCCGUAGCAAGAUUCAAAGAAGAUAAAUUAAUAAUAAAAUAAGAAAAAAGUGGUUUUCGCUAAAUUUGAACACUCGGAUUCAUUUAUAAAUCGAAUUUUGAAUCAACACGAGGACAAGUGAACUUUUCAACUUUUCAUACCAACGUUUGACGCAUUUUCGAUCAAGUUAGUCUCGAAUGGAAUGGAUCGUUAACCCAUUGGAAACCCAUGUUAAAUCCGUAUCUUAAAUGAAUUAUUAAAUAUUAUUCGUAAAAUGAUAAUUAUGAACAUGAUUCGAAAGUGAUUAAUUCCGGAAGAUACGAAAAUUCAUUUUCAUUCUACGAUCUUGAAUUGGUGGAUCAAUAAAAUUAAUCGAAUAAUCUGGUGAAACGCUUCAGGCACGAGUGAUUCGAUCAAACUGUGAAAGGAAAAGGAAACGAUUGCUUGGUUGAUCAAAGUUUGUUCGUUCGUUCGUUUUCUCGGCCGGAUUGAUUUCUAUCAUGGUGUAGAAAGAUUUAUCGUUGACGCGAAGUCGUCAAAUGUUUUAACUCCAAGCUUAAUAUUUCUAUAGAGAGAGGAAAACAUAAGCCGACUCGAUAUGGGUUGCGAACUUGGCAAAUUGGCUACACCGAAUCAACCCACCACAGAUCCACGACUUCCGCUUACGGCAAAACAAAAAUUUACGGUUAUGGCCAGCUGGAAAGCUGUAUCCAGAAAAUUGGAGACAACUGGUGUCUUUAUGCUUAUGAGGUUGUUCGAAGAAAAUGAAGAAUUAGUACAGAUGUUCUCACGAUUUUUGGAUUUAAAGUCGAAAGAAGAACGAUUCGAUAUGGUAGAAUUAGGAAAACAUGCAGAAAAAGUAAUGGGUGCUUUAGAUGAAGGUAUCAGAGGCCUUGACAACAUGGAUGAUUUUCUGACAUGUCUUCAUCAAGUCGGAGCCACGCAUACGAAGAUACCUGACUUCAAUCCACAAUAUUUUUGGAAAAUUGAACAACCGUUUUUAGAGGCUGUGAAACGAACUUUAGAAGAUCGAUAUUCGGAAAACGUGGAGAGCACCUACAAAGUGACAAUCAAAUUUAUCAUCGAGACAUUGAUCGACGGAUUCGAUAAGGCGCAGAACGACAAGGCACAAACUAGUACCGCUAAAUCCUAGUCGUCUUAGUCAAUAAAGAGAAUUCUUCUCUCCCUUCCAAAAAAAAAAAAAAAAAAAAAAAAAGAAAAAAAAAAUAUGAUUUGCCGCUUUGUCUUGUCUUCGAAGGAUUUCAUAGACUUCGAAAAGCGGAAUUCGAAAACGAUAAAAUUUGAUCAAUAAAUAACAAUGAACGGACGGAUCGCUCGAUCAUCAUGAGCGUUAUUUUAUUAUCCUUUAUUAUAAGAAUAUCUCCGUGUUUCCCCGAAUUAUGCGAUGUUUACGAUACGAUCGAAUAUUCGUCACGAUCGAAUAUUCGACGGAUAUGGGGACAAAGACAAAUUAUCAUGAAAUGCGUCAACGUUCCAAUAACGUUCUUUUUUACAUAGAAAGAGCGCGAACGAUGCGGCCCUAUAGAUCGAUUAGGUUUGAAAAUCUUUUUCCUUCGAGCAGGUCUCGAUCAUGGAAAAUAAUUCGUGAAAAAUAGAUAUAUUUAUGGUUUAGAGUGGAACGAAUAUAGAAACAAAAUUUUUUUUUCUAUUAUCAUGACUUCUAAUAGCGAACAAACGUUGCCUUCUAUGUAUAUAUAUAUAUAUGAACUAUCGAUCAAUUUUUUAAGAUCGCUCCAUAAUACCAUUUAAAAAUUAUUUUCGUUGAU